AUGGGCAAUAGUAAAUCUAUAGCUAAUGGCCUGGCAGCAAUUCCAGCUACAGAGAUCUAUGUGUGGUACAGAAAAUUUAUGAUGGAAUAUCCAUCCGGUCUGCAAACACUGCAUGAAUUUAAGACACUCUUGGGUCUGCAAGGUCUAACUCAAAAGGCCAACCAACAUGUUGAUCAAGUCUAUAAUACCUUUGACAUGAAUAAGGAUGGAUUUAUUGACUUUUUAGAGUUUAUUGCUGCAGUUAAUCUAGUUGUACGAGGAAAAAUGGAGCAAAAAUUAAAAUGGUAUUUUAAGCUAUAUGAUGCUGACGGAAAUGGUUCUAUUGACAAAAAGGAACUACUGAACAUGUUCACGACCAUACAAGCCCUCAAUGGCCAGCAAACUCUGAGUCCCAAAGAAUUCACCAGCUUGGUGUUUUAUAAGAUUGAUAUAAACCACGAUGGUAAGGCAGCUGCUCUCCUCAGGCUCACUUUUCUUACAAAGAGAAUUGACUUUAGAAGAAUUUAUCAAUGGCACAGAAAAAGAUCAGGAUCUUCUGGAGAUUGUUUCCAAGAGCUUCGACUUUUCCAAUGUCCUGAAAGUUAUCUGUAA